AUUAAAAAAAAAAAUUCGAAUAAUCAGUUUUUUCCCUGUACAGUUCUCAACUUGCACGAGUUAUCGAUUUUAUCUAAAAGUAAAAUUAGAGUAAGAAUUGUGGGCCCAAAUUAAAACUAAAAUCCCAAAACCCAAAUUUGUGUAAUCGUCGUCGGCUCCCCCAAAUAUCGCUGGUAUUCGGUAUCUCAAGUUCCGAUUCCCCUUUUGUCAAUCUAUUUUCGCAUCAUUCCAAACGUAAUGUACGGAGGUUCCGGAAAGCUUGGCCGUGGCGGCGGCGGCGGAAGCGGUGGCCGUGGAGGUGGCGUUGGGAAGCGCAACAUCCAGUCCACGUUCCAACCGCCGCCUCUCAAUAGGUCAACCGCCGCGUCUGGCGGUCGCCUGUCACUGGGCGGCGGUGGAGCUGCCGCACCUCGAAACCGCAACAGCAGCAGCGCGACGGGUCCCACUUCCUCUAAUGGAGCGGAGGAGACUUUUAGCCUCGUCACUGGGAACCCUUUGAAUUUUGCAAUGAUAAUUCGGCUGGCGCCAGAUUUAGUGGAAGAGAUCAAGCGAGUAGAAGCUGAAGGUAGUACAGCUAGGAUCAAAUUUGAUACCAAUGCCAAUAAUUCCUCCGGAAAUGUCAUUAAUGUUGGUAGUAAAGACUUCAGAUUCACAUGGUCGCGGGAACCUGGAGAUCUAUGUGAUAUAUAUGAAGAACGUCGAAGUGGUGAAGAUGGAAAUGGUUUGCUUGUUGAGUCAGGUGGUGCUUGGCGAAAGUUGAAUGUACAGCGCGUUCUGGAUGAAUCAUUUAAAAACCAUGUUAAAAUGCGGUCAGAAGAAGCUGAGAAGAAACUUAAAUCACGCAAAGCCAUUGUUUUGGACCAUGGCAAUCCAUCCAUGAAGAGUCAGGUGAAGGCAAUGGCUGCAGCUGAAGGUACGCAUCGUCAUGAACAUUGAAAUUAAGCAUUUGAU